AUGUAUUCCAACCGUAAUUCCGAGGCAGAUUCUGAUGAGGAAUAUGACUCAGAAAGUUCCGGGAACUCAGAAAGCUCCGAGAAUUCAGAGCCGGCAUAUACGCCUCUGCAUAGUUUCUUUGAACGAGCCGACAGCGCAUCGGCAAAGAAACUAGAUCUCCCUUCUAGUUCAGUACCUCUGUUAAAAUAUCGGGCUCCAUCAGAGGUUUGCAAUACCUGUCGGCGCCUGUUACAGCUGAUUUCGAACGUUGUGGCAACAGGCAGCCAAUUCGACGGCAAAUAUUACGAAAGCUACGCAGCUGUGAAAUCGUCCGCCGAGGAUGGAUGUGGAAUCUGCUCAAUGCUUCUCCGCGAGUUUCGAAUUGAGCUAAAGGAUAAAGUCAAGCCCGGCAAAAAGAUGAAAACAGCGACACUACAUGCCAGUGGAUCUUCAUUUUCGUGGCAGGUAGCGAUUCCUUGGAUGGACGGCGAUCCAACUCCAGGAUUCACACACCUGGAGCCUUGUGGCGCAGAGGAUCAAUACUGCUUGACGGCUAGGACUGAAUCAUUCGUGGCAGGUUCACAAAGUCUGGAUUACGAUUCCCCAGUUCCAAACACUCGAGAUGCUUUAACAUUGUGCAAAAUUUGGUUUCAAAACUGCCGGGAUUCGCAUGAGACAUGCAGUCUUCCACAUGCUGAUGUAGCUGAGGCCAGCCCUACUGCUGCAAGACUUGUUGCGGUCUCCAAUGGAGAAGCUCGGCUUUGUCUGCCUGAAGAGCUGAGCCCUAAUAGCCCUUACGCAGCCCUCAGCCACCGCUGGGGCUUCCUUAAUUUCACGACGCUCAAGAAAGACAAUAUCAAUGACUUUCAAAAACGAAUCCCGCCAGAAGCUUUAACAAAGACUUUCCGAGAUGCCAUUGACACUUGCAGAUACCUUGAUAUUCCAUAUAUAUGGAUAGAUUCUUUAUGCAUAAUUCAAGAUAGCGCAGAGGACUGGGCGCAGCAGUCAGCCCUAAUGGCCCAGAUAUAUGGGCAAUGUGAUCUAAAUAUUGCAGCUACUUCUGCUGAAGAUGGCAGCGUUGGAUGUUUCUUUGACCGGCCAAGAGACUGGACAGUUCAGAUACGCCCGCUUCCUGAAAAAGACGACCUGAUAUUUGACUUUAUGCCAUCUCCCUUGAUAAAUCCAGAAUUGGACGUAUUGAAUAACCGCGGUUGGGUUGUACAGGAGCGCUACCUGUCAAAACGGACUCUUCAUUUUACCGCCAAGCAGGUAUUCUGGGAAUGUGACGGAGAAUCGGCGUGUGAGACCUGCCCUGGCGGAUAUGAAAGAAGACCGACCAACUUUUGUCCCUAUGAGCUCAAACGAAACGGCAUGGACCGAUCCAACUGGGAUGACCUUGUGAGCCAGUACUCGGGAGCCCGUCUCACGCAAUCCAGUGACCGGCUCAUCGCUAUAGAAGGGCUCGCAAGAUCUAUACAGGCGACUACAAACGACGAAUAUGUUGUCGGAAUGUGGAAGGAAUGGAUUGAGAGGCAGCUGGCUUGGUCUCCUUCCGAAGAAUUCAGGCCCAUUCCUAAUACAUCAUGCCCUUCCUGGUCAUGGGCCUCAGGCAUUGGUAGUGUGAGCCUCCCUUUGGUCUGGUUUGAUGGGCAUACCAACUCGCCCACUCAUAUUACACUCCAUGACCUCCAAGUGCAGUAUUUCACAGAGAACACCUUUCGGGACGUCAAGAGCGCUGUGAUUCGCCUUCGCUGCAGCUACCUUCUCCGGGCAGUUCUUGAGCCAGUUGGAGAUUCGCCCGACGUCUAUUACAAGGCCAGAUUCGGAGAUCAAAAGUUUGAGGAUGUUUACUUGAAAAUUGACAACCCUGCCAUUGCCAACAAGGCUCAGGUCAUUCCUGCAUAUGUUUUGGUUAUAGAUGAGAGAAGUGGAAUACUUCUAGAGCCUACAACUCAGGCAACUGGACAGUAUAGGCGGAUAGGGUCGUUGUUCACUUUUCAAGACUCUUUUGCAGAAUCAUUAGCAUUUGCGAAUUGUAUUGAGCAAAGACAACUUGACGCAUUCUCGGCUGUCGAGGAAGAUGAUGAAGGCAAUGAAAUAUAUAUUAUUGAUUUAGUGUAG